CUUAAUGUGUUUAACUUAAGUUCUGAGUAUAAGUACAAUAUACAGAGUUAUUCUACUUACUUAAGCUACUAUCCUAUUGCAUACUGUCUCUCUAUCUGCAAAAACCAACUAAUAAGAAGCUUAACACCAGAAGUCUUAUAUUACUUCCACUCGAGCUAUACUCUUAACACUACCGACCUUAUAUGCACACGGCGCCGCGACGACGCAAGGGGCUAG